ACUUCCAAGUCAAUCAGCCCAUUAUCACCUCAAUCAGCCUCACUGCUCUCACCUGUUCUCCACACAGGUUACAAAGGCAACCCCUGCCCAUCUUUGCCAGAUUGUUUCUCUGCUCUGCAUGACUCUCCAGCCCUGUUUUCCAGACCCUGCCUGCUUCCAUUUUUUUUCCAUUUGUUUUUUUGAAGAAGGAUUUUUUGUUGUGACUUCAUUUUUUGCUGAAGAAGUUUAUGUUAUUGGGUGUUUUUGUGGAAGUUUUUUUAGAAAAAAAAUUUUUUUUGUGGCAAAAUUUUUGUUGAAGAGGAUUUCUAAUUAGAGUGUUCAGCUUGCCCAUCAGUGCCAGAAGAUAAGGUCAUGUUAGCUCCCAAAGGAGUACAGAGGGCCUUUCACACUUACAAGUUCAAUUGGUGGCCCUGGUCCAAAGCUGGUGGGUUCCAGGGGGAUUCCACAGAGGCGGAAGACUUGAUGAACCAGGAGGUGACUGCAGCCAUCACUCCUUCCAAAGGUGUCACAGUGAGCACAGCAGCUGAUUUGCAGAAGAGAGUCACAGGAGGACAAGCAUGUGAAACAGGGGAUCGUCUGUACCAUGUUAAAUUACUUGAUUCUACUGACAAGUUAAUUUGUGGAGGCUCCCUGGUCAGCAAACAGUGGAUUCUGACUGCAUCUCACUGCUGGCAGAGGAAUAUGAAAGCAGUUUUAGGGGUACAUCCAGGCUCAUCAGUUAAAACGGUGCAAAUCACAGCACAGCCUGUGAUGUUUGAGGACAAACAAAAGAGGCAGCAUGACAUCAUGUUGCUGCAGCUUCCUGAAACUACUGAGAUUAAACCUGUAGAACUUCCUGAUUGUAAAAGUCGCAUCAACCCAGGUGGUAAAGUUCAGAUUGCAGGUUAUGGAGCCCCAGAUGCAGGUUCCGAUGAAGGCGAAUCUGGUGCACCAGCUGGUCUCCAGUGUGCAGACCUCACAGUCGCCAAGUGUAAGAAGCUUGAAGCUAUUACGGCUGUAGACAACCCAAACAGAGCGUAUGAAAGCUGGUUCUGUGGUCAGUCUUCUGGAGUGAAUAUUUGUUCAGGUGACUAUGGUGGAGGAGCGGUGUACAAUAGCAAGAUUUAUGGUGUCAUUGUCAGUCCAACCAAGUCCUGUGCUGAAGCAGCUGGAUUCAUGGACGUCUGUGAAUACAGAAAGUGGAUCAAAGAUACUACAAAUCCUGGAAUUUUAAAAAAGAUAGGGUCAUUUUUCAAGGGUGGUUAACUGAAUCUUUCUGUUAUUUAACAGACAUUUCAUAUUUAAGUAGGAAACUAUUAAGUUUUGUUCUAAAUUUGCAGUCAGAAGACUUGCAUUUGAUUGGUUUACAUGAAAUCAUCAUCUGUAAAUCCCUUUAAGACAAGCAAUAAACAGCAUGACAGCACAAAAUGGUGUCUGAGUCCCAAAUGUUGAAACACCCUCCUCUCCUUUCAUAGGGCUGUGUCAGUUAAAAUAAAGCAUCACACUCAUUUUUCUUUUUCUUCUUCUUCUUCCUUCUACCAGAAAAUCGGAUGGUGGCACUUCAGCAAAGUUUAAAACAAUUCAUAAUAAAUUAGUGGUAUGUGCUUCAACUGUGCUUUCAUCAAAGUGAGCAGAAAUGUUCAGAUGCUUUAAGCUGACAGAAGUUAUGAAUCUAUCACUUGAUUCAAUUCAAUUCAGUUUAUUUA